ACUCAGGCCACGGACUCCAAGCUCGGCAGACAGCUCAUCUUAACACACGACAUUCGUAAAAUAAAGCAAAGAUGGCCAGCACUCUGUCUCGCGCUCUUCCCCGCCUCGUCUCUUCCCUACACACCACGCCCAUCCUCAGCCGCCCACGCUUUCACAAGGCCCUCGCCAGGACCAUCACCAGCUUCCACGGACUACAGGGCCUCGCGCAGCCAUGGCGGGUACCGACGGAGGAGGCUCCUGAGCUGGUGGAGAGCGGGGAACUGGCGUUGCACUUAGAAGCCCUCCAGCGGUGGCACGACGAGGCUGAGCUCCUGCGGGAGGCGAGAGUCCUUCCUCCAGGCGUUGACGACCAGAUCAACCUCGAGGCAGAGACUCGAGACCAAGUGAAGGACCUCAUGGAGACUCUGAUUGAGGAAGAAAUCCUGGACGUCCGUCGGGGUUGGGUCCUCUCCUCCAACUUUUAAUCGUUCGGCCUGAACUGUUCACUCAAGAAGGAAGCUGAACACAGGUUGCCGUUUAUGCUUCACCAAGGGCUUUCCAGCGAAGCCUCUGGCGACGACGAAAGCCAAGCGCCUUCCGCCUCGACGACGAAGGCGCUGUGACAUUUGACGAGGGAUUCCCUUUCUGGUUUCGCCUGUACCUUGAAUGCAUAGUUUUAGGGUACAGUGACUGUAACUCUUUUCUGAGUUGCUGAUGAAAUGUUUCUUGCUUUUGACAAGGACAUUUCCCUAUAUAAUGUUUGUGUUGUAAUGACAGCAACCACGUUUAAAAAUAACAGGGUUGUCAAUAGAGGAUCUGUUUUUAUACUUAUAUGACUGCGAUGUUCUCUCGCUAUUGAAGAAACUCUCUUUUUUGGUCAAUGAAAUAUGUUUAUGUUUAUAUCAAUAAAAUAUUUAUGUUUA